UAAUAAGUUCCCAACCUUACGCUUCCUGUUAUCUGUUUUUCUUGAUUUUUUUCCCUUUGCUCAAAACCUCAGCUUCACACUCAUAAACCUCUCUAAUUCUUAGAAACAUAUCAAUUUUCUUUGAAUUUUAAGAUCUUGACUGGGAAUACCAUGGAAAUUACUUCUAUAACUCUCUCUCUUGCAAGACCCCCAAUUGCACCUUCGCUUCCUUUUUCUUCCUCUCAAUCCAAUUUUUUAGGUACCGGUAGCACCAUUUCUUUGUUGAACAAAGCAAAAUCUCAGACCAAAUCUGUUUCAUUUGUUGUUGGUCGACCAAGGUGGGGGACAACAGCCGAGCCUGCUAAAAAGGGUCUUACUUGCAAUGCUUUGUUUGGUCUUGGUGUGCCUGAACUCGUUGUUAUUGCUGGAGUGGCUGCUCUUCUGUUUGGACCAAAGAAGUUGCCUGAAGUUGGGAAGAGUAUUGGGAAAACUGUCAAGAGUUUUCAGCAGGCUGCGAAGGAGUUCGAGACUGAACUGAAAAAGGAGCCUGAGUCAAUAACAGAGCAACCGAAGGAGAAUACCUCAGCUGUUAGUGAAGAGAAGAAACCAGAUCUUGAGGUCUCUAGCUCAAAGGAAAGUGUAUGAAUUCCUAAAACCAUCGUCUUGUUGGUAAAAUUUCUCAAUUCGUAUGUCUGUUGUAUCGAUGAACAUCGAACAAAUAAUUUUGAAUGUAGAUCAGUUAUGUUAGAGAUUGCUCAAUUAAAUGGUAAGAUAAUCUUUCAGUA